AUUAGCUACACGAGUUCAUGUUAAUAUUUCUGUACAUUUUAAACUAAACAGGUUGAAUUUUGGUUUGAGAAUUUUGAAAUAUAUCGGUAAACAUUUUUCUCAUCAAAUACUGUUUUAAAGUAAUAUAAGAGACUAGGAUCCUGUAUUAAAAAUGCAAACAAACCCAUGACACAAAGGAUUCCUUUCACCAAUCAAUUUUAUGAUAAGGAUUAACAUUUUAUCAAUUAGCAAUUCUCUAUCUCCUUGUCAGUUCACAUGUGUAUAUAGACACAUGCUGAUUUCUUAAAAGAAGUAAACACUGUAAGUCAAUGUGGUCACAGUAUGGAGUCCUGUUUGUAACCAGAUUUAACAGAUACCAUGUUUUGACAUUACUGAUAACCUAUAUGUUUAAUGCAAAUACAUGGAGCUGGUCAGUGGUUGUAAAUAAGAUGAAAGGAAAGCUUUUAUGAUAACCAUGGACCCAUGUUGUUUUUAUGAAAGCUUCAGAUAGUACAGUACAUUUAACAUGCAUAAAUUUUGUGAGCUUGAAUUUCUAAUAUACAGUCAAAUAUUAAAUUUUUGUUAAUUAAGUAUUUAAGUCAGGGAAGAUGUAUUUUCAAUUUAAUGUAAUGAUUGAUACAUGUCAUAAUUUUCAACACUUUGAUUAAAUACCCUGGUGCAAAUAAAAGUUUAUUUGGAGUAUCUUAAUAUAAGAUUAUAGAUGAAUUUUAAAGAUAUUUUUGUUACAUUAACUUGAACUUAAAUGAAAAUUAAUAUACAAAACAUAUGUAAGAUUACAGAGCAGGAAGUAACCGCUAAUAAAUAUUAUAUGCAGAGAUUAUUCAGCCUUUAUACAGAAACUGAAAAUUGUGAAAUAAUUUGUUUUGAUUUUUUUUGUAGACCAAUUAGCUACGUACAUGGGAAAACGACGCCAGAGGUCCAGAGAGGCAGUAAAAGUGAAAAGUAAAAGAAGAAAAAUAAGGAAACGAGAAACCCUUCUAUUAAAUCGGAGCAUACCAUCAACAGAGGAAUCUCCUUCCACCAGCAAUAUCGAUCAAGAAACUUUAGCAGCAGUCAGCGAAGAUGUAGCAGAUUAUGAAGAUGACUUGAAGAAUGAUCAGCUUUAUAAAGACUUCAGGAAGUAUUUGAAAGCCAAAGCUGAUGUGGAGAAAUACAGCAGUCGACAUGUAAUCAACACUGUUGAUGGAAUAGUUAAAAGACACAUUUUCCUGACAGAGCCAUACAAGUAUUAAGAAUGGAUGGACGCAAAAAGAGAAGAAUGCACUUGUGUUUUGGCUGUGGGGAGGAAUAUUCUGGAAGACACAUGAAAAGACACAAAUGUGUGGAAAAGCAAAGAAAAGAAGUGUUUGAAAGUAGUGCAAAUAUUGAA